UGGGGUAAGCGCAGGCAAGAGGGCGAGCGAGUGCGAGCGAGAGAGAGAGAGAGAGAGAGAGAGAGAGAGAGAGAGAGAGAGAGAGAGAGAGAGAGAGAGAGAGAGAGAGAGAGAGAGAGAGAGAGAGAGAGAGAGAGAGAGAGAGAGAGAGAGAGAGAGAGAGAGAAAGAGAGAGGGGAGGGGGCGAUAGAGCGGGUAGAGAGCGAGAGUGCGUGUGAGGGAACGGGGGUGAGAGCGAGCGGGAGAGAGAGAGGAGAGAGAGAGAGAGAGAGGGGAGAGAGAAAAAGAGAGGAGGCGAGUAAGCGUACUAGAGCUCGUGAAAGAAAGAGAAGCAAAGAUAGAGGUGGAACGAAAGAAAAAAAGUAGCUAUGUUAUACAACAUGUUUUCCUUUGAAUGAAAUCAUCGUUUCAUAUAUAAUGUCAAUUUCUGGAACUUUGAGCAACUAUUACGUAGACUCUAUCAUAAGUCACGAGAGCGAUGAACUCUCGACCUCGGGACGGUUCUCCAAUGUUCAGUAUUCCAGCUCGAGCUCAGUUGGAGGCGGGAGGCAACCGGGCGGUGGGACGCACGCAGAGCAUCCCCAUCACGACUCCUACCCGUCCUGUAGUUUCCAACCCAAACCUCCCGUGUUCUCUUCUUCGUGGAGUCCUUUCAGUCCGCAUCACGCCUCAAACGGCUUACCGGCGGUUUACCAUCCAUACAUACCGAGUCAACAUGUGUCCUCCGACACUAGGUACCUCCGCUCCUGGUUGGAUUGCACCCCGCGUAACGCCGAGUCGGUGCCGGGUCUGGGGCAACCCGGACAGGUCAAACUUGAGCCGCUGCUUGGCCAUCUCGGCGGGGAGAUGCCCCCGAAAAUCAGUGGACAGCAUCCGCACGAGGCGGCCACGUACAUUUUGGAGCCGUCCCCGGUAACUCGCGAGAUGAGCCACCUUCCUGCCGCCAUCCCCGGCACCGGAUUCGAGGAAAAUAAAGACAUUUGUGAAGGUAGCGAGGACAAAGACGGUCCAGAUCAAAACGAUCCCUCUGCCAACUGGCUGCACGCACGCUCCUCCAGGAAGAAGCGGUGUCCCUACACGAAGUACCAGACCCUGGAGCUGGAGAAGGAGUUCCUCUUCAACAUGUACCUCACCAGAGACCGCAGGAACGAGGUGGCGCGGGCUCUGAACCUCACGGAGCGGCAGGUGAAGAUCUGGUUCCAGAACAGGAGAAUGAAGAUGAAGAAACAGAGCAAGGACCAGCCGAAAGACUAGCGCUUCAUACACACAUAUAAGCACGUAGGGCUACAUACAUACAUGCAUUCAUAGAGGCAUGCAUAUAUGCAUACAUAUAUGCAUACAUACAUGCAUAAAUACAUG